AUGGGAGAGGCCGCUCGCGCCGCCGCCGGGGGAGGCCGGAUCCGGCCCCUGCUCGCCCGAUCCGGCCCCUGCUCGAGCCGAAGGCCUGCGCCGCCGCCUCCCACCGCGGUCCGCUCACCCAGCGCCGCCCCCGGCCGCCACGGCACGCGCGCCCGCCGUGGCCGCCAUGCACGUGCCCUGCCACGCCGCGCUCGCGCCUGCGCCGUGGGGGAGAAGGGCGAGGCCGAGCCUCUACGCCGCCAGGGGAGGAGGGCGACGUCCGCCGCCGCCGCGCCGCCGGGGGAGGAGGGCGCCGCUGCCGGGGAGGGCCGAGGCCGCGCCCCCUCCACGACGAGGGCCAAGGCCGGCGGCGGCGGAUCCGGCCCCACCUCGCCGUGCUCCCUCCACGCCAAGGCUCGGGGAAACGCCGAGAAGGCCGCCAACGGCAGAUCCGGCCCCGCCCCGGCGCCCCUCCUCCACGCCGAGGCCCACGGCCGCGCCGGAGGAGCCCGCCGGCGGCGGAUCCGACCGCCCAGUCCACGCCGUCCACGUAAGGGCGCUGCGCCGGCGGCUCCAGGCCAUGCUGCGGGAGGGAGAGGGAGAGAGAGAGGGAGUGGAGGCGGUGAAUGA